UUAGCUGUUAGCAGGCCGAGGGAACCACUUCACUCAUUAGGGCUCCUUUAAGCCUCUCUCCCCCCGCUGCCCCUCCUCAUUUUCUGCAUGACGCUCCCUGCGCUCUCCCUCCCCUCUUUCUAACUUUGUUCGUCCCUUAAACAAACGUCUCAACAACCAUAUUGAUAAGUUCUCUAAAACCACUGCCGUGACGAGAAAGAAAUGAGCGUUGUGACGACGGGAAAACGUUAUUGUGAGCAGCUCUUCUGACAGCUGUGCUCCUUCGGCAAUGCUACAGUCCCCACUCUGAUGAGACGAUGAGAACCUACACCCGUGGGGCCCCCACAGUCUUCUUCAUAAGUCUGCUGUGGCCCCUGCUUGCCCCGGUGGCGGCGGCGCAAGUGGACCCCAGCGGAGGAAUCCCCUUCAUGGGAGGCAACUACAAUGGCCAUCCCAUGCUGUACUUCAGUCGGGGCGAUGUGGAGGAGCUGCAGUACGCGGCCGCCGGCACUCAUCGGGACAUGGCGAGGAGGAUACGCGAGGCUGGGGAAAGCAUGCUGGAGCAUCCCGAGAUGUACCUGCCCCCCUGGAGCCCCGCAGAGUUCAGCGCCCGCUGGAACGAGGUUUACGGAAACAACCUGGGCGUGCUGUCCAUGUUCUGCCUGCUGUACCCACAUAGGGCUGGGGCCCUCGACCUGGUCAAAGACUACAUGGAGAGGAUGGCGGCUCAGCCUAGUUGGUUGGUUAAAGAUGCCCCCUGGGAUGAAGUUCCUUUGGCGCACUCUUUGGUCGGGUUCGCCACCGCUUACGACUUCCUGUACGAGUACUUGAACAAGGGCCAGCAGGAGCGAUUCCUCCAGGUGAUCGGCAACGCGUCCCGCCUGAUGUACGAGAAGUCCUACGUCCGAGGAUGGGGGUUCCAGUACCUGCACAACCACCAGCCCACAAACUGUGUGGCGUUGCUCACAGGAAGCCUGGUGUACAUGACCCAAGGUUACCUCCAGGAGGCCUACCUGUGGACCAAGCAGGUCCUGUCCAUCAUGGAGAAGUCCAUGAUCCUUCUGCAGGAUGUGACGGAUGGCUCCCUGUAUGAAGGCGUGGCCUACGGGACUUACACCACCCGCUCUCUGUUCCAGUACAUGUUCCUGGUGCAGCGCCACUUUGCCAUCAGCCACUUCGACCACCCCUGGCUGCUGAAACACUUUGCCUUCCUGUACAGGACCAUCCUGCCAGGAUUUCAGCGGACUGUAGCCAUUGCAGAUUCCAACUACAACUGGUUCUACGGGCCGGAGAGCCAGCUGGUCUUCUUGGACCGCUAUGUGUUACGUAAUGGCAGUGGAAACUGGCUGGCAGAUCUGAUUCACCAAAACAGGGUGAUAGAGGGGCCAGGGCAGGCUGGGAAAGGCCAGAGGUGGUGUACUCUUCACACAGAGUUCAUCUGGUAUGACCCAGGACUGUUUCCAAAGCCUCCGUCAGAUUUCGGAACGUCCCAACUCCACUACUUUGAGGACUGGGGCGUGGUGACGUACGGCGGCGCUUUGCCUGCAGACACCAACCGCACAUUCCUCUCCUUCAAGUCAGGGAAGCUGGGGGGGCGCGCCAUCUUUGACAUCGUUCACAUGAACAAGUACAAGGAGUGGAUCAAAGGGUGGAGGAACUUUAACGCCGGCCACGAGCACCCAGAUCAGAACACUUUCACCUUUGCGCCCAAUGGUGUGCCCUUCAUCACAGAGGCACUGUACGGACCCAAGUACACUCUGUUGAACAAUGCGGUCUUGUUCCGCUCCGCCUUCUCAGGGAGUUGCUUUAAGCCGUGGGCUGGACAGGUCACGGAGGCCUGCGAUUCCAAGUGGCUGAAGUACAAGGUGGGGUUGGCGGCGGAUGCCCAGGGCAGAGUGGAAGCCGCCAUGGAGAGACAGGGAAUGGUCUUCAUCCGUGGUGAGGGACAUUCGGCUUAUAAUCCAGAGCUGAAGAUCAGAAACUUCCAGAGGAACCUUCUCCUUCUUCACCCACAGCUCCUGCUCCUCGUGGACCACAUCCACCUGGAUCCAGACAGCCCAGCCGAAGCCAUGACAGCCUUCUUCCACAACACGGAACUCCCAUUCCAGGGAACAAAGGUGGACGGUGUUCAUGGAGCGUUUGUAUCACACGGUGAGGAUCGAUAUCAGAUGUUCUGGAUGGAUGACACAGGCUACAGUAACAAAGGCGUGGUAGGUUACUGGAAUUACCCUCGAGGGUACCCGUACAAUGGCUCCAACUAUGUGAACGUCACAAUGCCAUUGAGGUACCCACACACCAGGGUGGCCUACAUUUUCUUUGGACCGGGCGUGGAUGUGCAGAGCUUCAGCUUGCGUGGCGACGACCAGAGAGUGGAUAUCUACCUGGCCACCAAGGAUCACACCUACACUAUCUACCUGCUGACCGGAGAGGUCAGCAGCAAGCCUCUGUUCGCCAUGGUGCUGCUGGACAACAAAAAGAUUGUGUUCGAGAAGGCGGCGGCGACGGCGGAAGACAGCUCGCCUGAGGAGGUAGAGGAGUACGUCAACGUGAUGGAGGACAACCUCCAGCACGUCAAGCCCGUCUUCCAGCAGAUGGAGAGACACAUCCUCGGGCGGGUUCUCAACACCGCUAGCUUCCGUAAGACUGCGGAGCGCCUCCUCCAGUUCUCCGACAAGAAGAAGACGGAGGAGGUUAUCGAGAAGAUGUUCGCCAUGUCCAAGAAACAGGGCAAGGGUAAAGGGGGGAAGAGAGUGAACCUUGGGGAGAAGCUUUCGGAGAGUCUACCUGACAUUUUUGCACAGAUUGAGGUGAAUGAGAAAAAGGUAAGACAGAGGACUUCAAAGCGUACAUAUGAAGACAGUCCUGAGGAGGGAGAGGGAGAGUCGCGGGCCUUUAUGGAUUACACAGACGGCCGCAAAAACAGAAAGGGGGCCUUUGUCAAGGGCCGCAAAUUCAACGAGGUUCACAUGGUGGCCACGGCAGGCAGCGAGGGUCUAAACAGCACCGCCUCCUACAUCCGACUCUUCCUGCUCCUGAACACCGCCACCUUCUUUCUGCUGCUGGCCGUGUUACUGACUCGUUUCCAGAAAGGUCGGAGUUUGCACACGCAGAGAUGUUUCUACACCAUCCUCCUGAUCGACUGCUUCAUCUUACUGUACCUGUACUCCUCCUGCUCUCACACGCAGUGUUAACGCCAGGAGGGCGAGGGGUCGUCUAACUUCCGGUAGGGCUGGGUACCAAAUUCAGUUCUUUUUAGGCAGCAACCAAAUUGCCUCCUUAGUAUCGAAAAAUGCCUUGUCGUUUUUACCCAAUUACAAUACCUAAGGAGUAAAUAUCAUCGGAGUCAGUGAGCCAAUCAGCAUAAAGAAUGCUUCUACCAAGAUCUAAUAAUGUCUGCGAUUGGCUGUCUGACGUUACACGUCGUAGAGACACGCAGGAAAAACUCUACGUCACACAGACGGCUGGCGGAGUAGGAGCUGGAAAAUAUAGAAAAGGUUUCUGUGUAAAUGCGUAACUUUGGUAUGGCAAAAAGUAUCGUUUAUUGUUUACUGUGUGCGAUACCAAAGUCCCAGUACUGGUAUUGGUACCAGUAUUGAAUCGUUUUGAAUGAUACCCAGCCCUAACUACAGAUCCAAUGAGCUGUUGUUCUGCACCCCCCACACCUCAGUCAGAACCAGAUCUUAGGACACAGUAUUAGGGACACUUUUAGAAAAUAAAAAAUAAAAAUCUGAGAUAUCCUGGGGAAAAAAUAACAUUUUGAGAAAAAAGUUGCAAUAUUUCAAGGAUCGAACAAGUCAUAAUGUUAUGAGAUUCUUUUUUAAAUCCUUAUAUCUGCAGUCUGUCAGCUUGUACUCGUCAGACGAGGGAUGUAAAUGUUAUGAAGUUAUUGGUUUAUAUCUAUAAGCGUAGAUUUUAGGACAUGAAAACAAUG